AGAUUCCAGGUGUGGUAUUCCACAGUCGUUCUGUAAUUUGUAAUCAUAGAAACAGAAUGUUCCUCCUCUUAUUUCUUCCCUGCCAACAGUUUCUGGGUGGGUGAAUGUCAGUAGCUGGAGUUAUUUUUAAAGAGGAGAGGUGAGGCUUGCCGGGCAAAGCUGGGAAGAGGGCGUUUGUUUGCAGAGCAGAGCUGACAUCAAAGUGUAGAUUACUGCUCAGUGGCUAGGCACUUGUCCUGUAACAGGAUAAUAUAAACGUUUUCUUGAAAGCUUGUGAACAGAUUGGAUUGAAAGAAGCCCAGCUUUUCCAUCCUGGAGAUCUACAGGAUUUAUCAAAUCGAGUCACUGUCAAGCAAGAAGAGACUGAUAGGAGAGUGAAAAAUGUUUUGAUAACAUUGUACUGGCUGGGAAGAAAAGCACAAAGCAACCCAUACUAUAAUGGUCCCCAUCUUAAUUUGAAAGCGUUUGAGAAUCUUUUAGGACAAGCUCUGACGAAGGCACUCGAAGACUCCAGCUUCCUGAAAAGAAGUGGCAGGGACAGUGGCUACGGUGACAUCUGGUGUCCUGAACGUGGAGAAUUUCUUGCUCCUCCAAAGCACCAUAAGAGAGAAGAUUCCUUUGAAAGCUUGGACUCUUUGGGCUCGAGGUCAUUGACAAGCUGCUCCUCUGAUAUCACGUUGAGAGGGGGGCGUGAAGGUUUUGAAAGUGACACAGAUUUGGAAUUUACAUUCAAGAUGCAAGAUUAUAAUAAAGAUGAUAUGUCGUAUCGAAGGAUUUCAGCUGUUGAGCCAAAGACUGCGUUACCCUUCAAUCGUUUUUUACCCAACAAAAGUAGACAGCCAUCCUAUGUACCAGCACCUCUGAGGAAGAAAAAGCUGGACAAACAUGAGGAUAACAGAAGAAGCUGGGCAAGCCCGGUUUAUACAGAAGCAGAUGGAACAUUUUCGAGUAAUCAGAGGAGGAUUUGGGGCACCAAUAUGGAGAACUGGCCAACUGUACAAGGAACUUCAAAGUCCUCUUGUUAUUUGGAAGAGGAAAAAGCAAAGACAAGAAGCAUACCCAACAUUGUAAAGGAUGAUCUUUAUGUGCGCAAGCUCAGUCCAGUCAUACCAAACCCAGGGAAUGCUUUUGAUCAGUUUCUUCCCAAAUGUUGGACCCCAGAAGAUGUGAACUGGAAAAGAAUAAAAAGGGAAACUUAUAAGCCAUGGUAUAAAGAAUUUCAGGGAUUCAGUCAGUUUUUACUGCUUCAGGCCCUCCAAACAUACUCUGAUGACAUCUUGUCUUCUGAAACACAUACUAAAAUUGAUCCCACUUCUGGCCCAAGGCUCAUAACCCGCAGGAAGAAUCUCUCUUAUGCACCAGGCUAUAGAAGAGAUGAGCUGGAGAUGGCGGCCCUGGAUCCUGACUUAGAGAAUGAUGAUUUCUUUGUCAGAAAGACUGGGGCUUUCCAUGCAAAUCCAUAUGUUCUCCGAGCUUUUGAAGACUUUAGAAAGUUCUCUGAGCAAGAUGAUUCUGUAGAACGAGAUAUAAUUUUACAGUGUAGAGAAGGUGAACUUGUACUUCCGGAUUUGGAAAAAGAUGAUAUGAUUGUUCGCCGAAUUCCAGCACAGAAGAAAGAAGUACCACUGUCCGGGGCUCCAGAUAGAUACCACCCAGUCCCUUUCCCCGAACCCUGGACUCUUCCUCCAGAAAUUCAAGCAAAAUUUCUCUGUGUACUUGAAAGGACAUGCCCAUCCAAAGAAAAAAGUAAUAGCUGUAGAAUAUUAGUUCCUUCAUAUCGGCAGAAGAAAGAUGACAUGCUGACACGUAAGAUUCAGUCCUGGAAACUGGGAACUACCGUGCCUCCCGUCAGUUUCACCCCUGGCCCCUGCAGUGAGGCCGACUUGCAGAGAUGGGAGGCCAUCCGGGAGGCCAGCAGACUUAGGCACAAGAAAAGGCUGAUGGUGGAGAGACUCUUUCAAAAGAUUUAUGGUGAGAAUGGGAGUAAGUCCAUGAGCGAUGUCAGCCCAGAGGAUGUUCAAAACUUGCGUCAGCUGCGUUAUGAGGAGAUGCAGAAAAUAAAAUCACAAUUAAAAGAACAAGAUCAGAAAUGGCAGGAUGACCUUGCAAAAUGGAAAGAUCGUCGAAAAAGUUACACUUCAGAUCUGCAGAAGAAAAAAGAAGAGAGGGAAGAAAUUGAAAAGCAGGCACUUGAGAAGUCUGAGAGAAGCUCUAAGACGUUUAAGGAAAUGCUGCAGGACAGGGAAUCCCAAAAUCAAAAGUCUACAGUUCCUUCGAGAAGGAGAAUGUAUUCUUUUGAUGAUGUGCUGGAUGAAGAGAAGCGACCCCCUACACUGACUGUGUCAGAAGCAAGUUACCGGAGUGAGAGAGUAGAAGAGAAGGGAACAACUUAUCCUUCAGAAAUUCUCAAAGAAGAUUCUACAACUUUUGCAAAAAGAGAGAACAGUGUAACAACUGAAAUUCAGCUUCCUUCUCAAAGUCCUGUGGAAGAACAACGCCCAGCCUCUUUGUCUUCUCUGCGUUCACUGAGCACACAAAUGGAGUCGACUCGUGUUUCAGCUUCUCUCCCCAGAAGUUACCAGAAAACUGAUACAGUCAGGUUAACAUCUGUGGUCACACCAAGACCUUUUGGCUCUCAGACAAGGGGAAUCUCAUCACUCCCCAGAUCUUACACGAUGGACGAUGCUUGGAAGUAUAAUGGAGAUGUUGAAGACAUGAAGAGAACUCCAAACAAUGUGGUCAGCACCCUUGCACCAAACUCGGAUGCAAGCCAACUGGCUUCAAGCUCAUCUAGCCAGAGAGAGGUAGCAGCAACAGAAGAAGAUGUGACAAGGCAGCCCUCUCCUACAUCCCCCUUCUCAUCUCUUUCCCAAGACCAGGCUGCCACUUCUAAAGCCACAUUGUCCUCCACAUCUGGUCUUGAUUUAAUGUCUGAAUCUGGAGAAGGGGAAAUCUCCCCCCAAAGAGAAGUCUCAAGAUCCCAGGAUCAGUUCAGUGAUAUGAGAAUCAGCAUAAACCAGACGCCUGGGAAGAGUCUUGACUUUGGGUUUACAAUAAAAUGGGAUAUUCCUGGGAUCUUCGUAGCAUCAGUUGAAGCAGGUAGCCCAGCAGAAUUUUCUCAGCUACAAGUAGAUGAUGAAAUUAUUGCUAUUAACAACACCAAGUUUUCAUGUAAGGAUUCAAAAGAGUGGGAGGAAGCCAUGGCUAAGGCUCAAGAAACCGGACACCUAGUGAUGGAUGUGAGGCGCUAUGGAAAGGCUGGUUCACCUGAGACAAAGUGGAUUGAUGCAACUUCUGGAAUUUACAACUCAGAAAAAUCUUCAAAUCUAUCUGUAACAACUGAUUUCUCCGAAAGCCUUCAGAGUUCUAAUAUUGAAUCCAAAGAAAUCAAUGGAAUUCAUGAUGAAAGCAAUGCUUUUGAAUCAAAAGCAUCUGAAUCCAUUUCUUUGAAAAACUUAAAAAGGCGAUCACAAUUUUUUGAACAAGGAAGCUCUGACUCGGUGGUUCCUGAUCUUCCAGUUCCAACCAUCAGUGCCCCGAGUCGCUGGGUGUGGGAUCAAGAGGAGGAGCGGAAGCGGCAGGAGAGGUGGCAGAAGGAGCAGGACCGUCUACUGCAGGAAAAAUAUCAACGUGAGCAGGAGAAACUGAGGGAAGAGUGGCAAAGGGCCAAACAGGAGGCAGAGAGAGAGAAUUCCAAGUACUUGGAUGAGGAACUGAUGGUCCUAAGCUCAAACAGCAUGUCUGUGACCACACGGGAGCCCUCUCUUGCCACCUGGGAAGCUACCUGGAGUGAAGGGUCCAAGUCUUCAGACAGGGAAGGAACCCGAGCAGGAGAAGAGGACAGGAGACAGCCACAAGAGGAAGUUGUUCAUGAGGACCAAGGAAAAAAGCUGCAGGAUCAGCUUGUUAUUGAGCGAGAGAGGAAACGGGAGCAAGAGCUUCAGGAAGAGCAAGAGCAGAAGUGGCUUCAGGCUGAGGCUGAGGAGCAGAAGCGCCCUGCGGAGGAGCAGAAGCACCAGGCAGAGAUAGAGCGGGAAACGUCAGUCAGAAUAUACCAGUACAGGAGGCCUGUUGAUUCCUAUGAUAUACCAAAGAGAGAAGAAGCAUCUUCAGGUUUUCUUCCUAAUGACAGGAGUAAAUCCAGAUCUACUACCGAACUAGAUGAUGACUCCACAAAUAAAAAUGGAAGCAAUAAAUAUUUCGACCGAAUUGGGAACACAACCUCUUCACAGAGGAGUUCCAAGAAAGAACAAGUACCAUCAGGAGCAGAGUUGGAGAGGCAGCAAAUCCUUCAGGAAAUGAGGAAGAGAACACCCCUUCACAAUGACAACAGCUGGAUCCGACAGCGCAGUGCCAGUGUCAACAAAGAGCCUGUUAGUCUUCCUGGGAUCAUGAGAAGAGGCGAAUCUUUAGAUAACCUGGACUCCCCCCGGUCCAAUUCUUGGAGACAGCCCCCUUGGCUCAAUCAGCCCACAGGAUUCUAUGCCUCUUCCUCCGUGCAAGACUUUAGUCGCCCACCACCUCAGCUGGUGUCCACAUCAAACCGUGCCUACAUGCGGAACCCCUCCUCCAGCGUGCCCCCGCCUUCAGCCGGCCCCGUGAAGACCUCCACCACAGGUGUGGCCACCACACAGUCCCCCACCCCGAGAAGCCAUUCCCCUUCAACUUCACAGUCAGGCUCUCAGCUGCGCAGCAGGUCAGUCAGUGGGAAGCGCAUAUGCUCCUACUGCAAUAACAUUCUGGGCAAAGGAGCCGCCAUGAUCAUCGAGUCCCUGGGUCUUUGUUAUCAUUUACAUUGUUUUAAGUGUGUUGCCUGUGAGUGUGACCUCGGAGGCUCUUCCUCAGGAGCUGAAGUCAGAAUCAGAAACCACCAGCUGUACUGCAACGACUGCUAUCUCAGAUUCAAAUCUGGACGGCCAACUGCCAUGUGAUGUAAACCUCCAUACGAAAGCACUGUUGCAGAUAGAAGAAGAGGUGGUUGCUGCUCGUGUAGAUCUAUAAAUAUGUGUUGUAUGUCUUUUUUGCUUUUUUUUUUUUUAAAGAAUAACUUUUUUGCCUCUUUAGAUUGCAUAGAAGCAUUGUAGUCUUGGUAGAACCAGUAUUUUUGUUGUUUAUUUAUAAGGUAAUUGUGUGUGGGGGAAAAGUGCAGUAUUUACCUGUUGAAUUCAGCAUCUUGAGAGCACAAGGGAAAAAAUAAGAACUUAAGGAUAUUUUUGAGGCAGAUAAUGAUCUAGUUUGACUUUCUAGUUAGUGGUGUUUUGAAGAGGGUAUUUUAUUGUUUUUUUAAAAAAAGUUCUUAAACAUUAUUUGAAAUAGUUAAUAUAAAUACAUAAUUGCAUUUGCUCUGUUUAUUGUAAUGUAUUCUAAAUUAAUGCAGAACCAUAUGGAAAAUUUCAUUAAAAUCUAUCCCCAAAUGUGCUUUCUGUAUCCUUCCUUCUACCUAUGUAUUCUGAUUUUUUAAAAAUGCAGUUAAUGUACCAUUUAUUUGCUUGAUGAAGGGAGCUCUAUUUUCUUUACCAGAAAUGUUGCUAAGUAAUUACCGAUAGAAAGCUGCUUAUUUUCAUUAAUGAAAAAUAACCAUGGUUUGUAUACUAGAAGUCUUCUACAGAAACUGGUGAGCCUUUCUGUUCAAUUGCAUUUGUAAAUAAACUUGCUGAUGCAUUUAAGGAAUGGGUUGUCUUUUUCUUCUGUGUAUGUGUCUGACCUCAGGCCAUUUAGUCAUAUUUCAGUAUGUGGCCUUUUCGUAAAGCUACGUUUUAUUCAGUAGCUUUACUAAGGUAUAACUGAUGUAAUACACUGCACAUAUUUAAAGUGUAUAAUUUGACAAAUUUUGACGUAGUGUAUACCUUCGAAACUAUGCCACAGUCUGGAUGUGUUUACUGAAACAUUUUAAUAAGGAACUUUAGUUUUGAUAAAGUUAUGUUUUUGGAUACAUUUGUAUGGUGAGGGUGAUGAAUUGUUGGAUCAUUUGAAUAAAGUCUUUUCUUUUACUACCCCCAUGAUAAAAGGAGAAGACAACAGUGAGCUUAGAAUAUCUAUAAAGCAAAAAGUGUAGUCUCUUGUUUAAAAAAUCUGGAGCGUGAAUGCAAGGAUACAAAACUUUAACAUGCUUUGAGCAAAAAUUUAAACUUACUGGAAUCUCUUAUAAUAACAUAAGUGGAAUGGAUGUUUCUAGGAACUGAGAACUGUAUUGGAAUAGAUUCAAAAUAUAUAAGAAAUGUUAAUGUGGGAGAUAAAAAUUUUAUUUAGUACUUAUUCUGAUUAUUAUUAAAGUAAUAAUGUGUUCCUUGAGGAUAACUUGUCAAAUGCCCCAAAGCAUAAAGAAUAUAAUUCUGAAUCCCAAAUUCCAAAGACAAGAGCUCUGUCUUUGAAUUCAUUCUGCAUAUAAUUAUUUAUAAGUAUGAAUUGUAAAUUUUUCCGUGUUCUUAAAAUAUUUUUGUCUUUUUUCAUGGUUGCAUAGUGCUCCAUUGUUUGGCCUUGGUAAUAUUUAGUUGAUAAUUCCAUCACUGUGUAUUUUUCAGUUGUUUCUAAGAUCAAACAUUUUAAUAUGUGCAUGUUAUGUGUAAAUAUGUAAAUUCUGUGAUACUCUAUGAUCAUCUCUUUCUUUAUAUUAUUUUCAUAGACAUAAAAAUGUUGCUCAGAGAUUAUGCAUCUUAAGACACUCAUAGUAUAUAUUGCCAAAGUGGUUUCCAGAAAGGCACUGCUGGCUUCGACUCCUAUAAGCAGCACAUGGACUUUGUCCAUCUCACUGCAUGUUCGUGAAGAUACAUUUCUUUUGCCUUGUUCUCUGCCUGGCGUAUAUGCAGAGGCAGCCCUCAAUAUGCAGUGGUUGAAUAAAUGAAUGAAGAAACCACUAUCAA